AUGGGGAUCUUUAGCGCGGUCGACGGCGGGCUGCUGGUGUUGCUCGAGGGACACGACGGCUAUGCCAACUGCGCCGAGUUCUCGCCCGACGGCGCGCGCGUCGUGACAGCGAGCUUGGACCGCACGGCGCGCGUCUGGGACGCGGCGACGGGCGCGACGCUCAUGACGCUCCGGGGCCACGCCUGCUACGUCCACUGCUGUGCCUUCUCGCCCGACGGUUCGCGCGUCGUGACGGGGGGCAGCGACGGUACGGCGCGCGUCUGGGACGUGCGCGCGAGCCAGCUCUGA